AUGAUUCAAACCAACAGAAGAGCUGGUAUUGGUCUUCUCGGCUGGGACUUCGCAAUGGAAACCUCAUCGAUUGCAGAAUUUCUCGAAGAGUCAUUUGAUAUACUCAGUGUUGGCGGCGGUACUGCCGGGUCAGUUUUGGCCUCGCGAUUGUCAGAGAAUCCGGAAAUUCGUGUAGGUUUGAUAGAGGCUGGUCAUUCACGACUCGGCGAUCCCAAUAUCGAGCUACCUACAGCCGUUGGGAAAAUGCUUCAUAACCCAGCCUACGAUUGGGCAUUUAGAAGUAUCCCACAGAUUGGCACGGGAGGCAGGGUAUAUCAUAUUCCCCGCGGAAGAAUGUUAGGUGGCUCUAGUGGGAUUAAUUUUAUGUACUAUGGUAGACCUAGCGAAGAAGAUAUUACUCAGUGGUCCGAAGCUCUUGGAAUAACAGGCUGGUCAUGGCCUGAGUUGCUGUCAUAUUUCAAACGGACCGAGAGGCUAGAGUUAGACCAACCGAACAUCCGCGACCGCAAUGUUGAUGAGUGUCCAUUGAAUACAAAGUAUCACGGUUUAUCUGGAGCAAUACAUACUUCCUUUAGCACUUGGAGUCUCCCACUGGAAAAGGAUUUGCUGCGUGCUUUCGAUGAAGUCUCCCGGCAGCCCAGGACCCCUACAAUGGAAGACAUCUUGGCUUUUAUCGCUCGCUUUUCACCACCGACAGAACAGAAAAAGCCCAUCCGUAGCUAUGCACUCAAUGGAUACCUGGCCCCAGUCUCUGGACGCCGAAAUUUGAAGGUUUUGACCGGUGCCGUUGUGUGCAAGAUUCUAUUGAAAUGGCCUCAGAAUGGCGAACACGGUGUCGACAGAAGCCCUCCUUCCGCCUGCGAUUGA